CGGGAAAGCCGCAUUUUAAGCACUACGCCCUCUACGGUUCUACAACUUGUAUCUGGCAACCCACACAGAACCCUCACUGCUGUCGUCACUGAGGUCAGGUAGACGGAGCGAAGAUGGCGACUGCCUACGAGAGAUACAAUUUGCACACAACCCCAGAGAAGUUCUUCAUCGAGGCCUGCGAUGAGGGGGCUGAUGCUGUGCUGGCCAUCGACAGGGUCUCAAAUGAGAUGACCCUCACAGGUAAAAAAGAUGUCCCUCCCUCGGCGGUCACCAGGCCCAUAUGUGGCAUCAUGGGAACCAUUCGCCUGGUAGCAGGCAUGUACCUGAUCGUCAUCACCAGGAAGAGGAACGUGGGCAGCCUGCUGGGCCACGCUGUGUGGAAGGCUGUGGAUUUUGACGUGAUCUCUUAUAAGAAGACAGUGCUGCAUCUCUCAGAGAUCCAGUCUCAGGAGAAUAAGACUUUCCUGUCCAUGAUUAACAACGUGCUGACUACAGACGGCUUCUACUUCUGCACUGACUACGACCUGACACACACUCUGCAGCGGCUGGCAAACACCAGCCCUGACUUCCAAGAGAUGAGUCUGCUGGAGAGGGCAGAUCAGCGGUUUGUGUGGAAUGGGAACCUCCUGAGAGAACUGGCUGCACAGCCAGAGCUUCAUAAGUUUGCACUUCCUGUUGUCCAUGGAUUCAUCGUCAUGAAGCCAUGUCGUAUAAACGGAAAGAUCUUUGAGUGGAUCCUCAUAUCCAGGAGAAGCUGCUUCCGGGCCGGCGUCAGAUAUUACCUUCGAGGCAUCGACUCUGAAGGCCAUGCUGCUAACUUUGUGGAGACUGAGCAGAUAGUUUUGUAUGAGGGAGCAAAGGCUUCAUUUAUACAGACCCGAGGCUCCAUGCCCUUUUACUGGAGUCAGAGGCCCAACCUCAAAUACAAACCUAAACCUAUAAUCAGCAAAACCACCAAUCACAUGGAUGGUUUCCAGAGGCAUUUCGACUCUCAGCUUCUCAUCUAUGGGAAGCAAACUAUUCUGAACCUGGUGAACCAGAAAGGCUCAGAGAAGCCUCUAGAACAGGCUUUUGCCAAGAUGGUGUCUGGCAUGAACAACGGUAUGCUCAAUUACAUAGCCUUCGACUUCCACAAAGAGUGCAGCGCCAUGAGAUGGGACCGCCUCCAGAUCUUAGUGGAUGAUGUCGCUGAGACACAAGAGGAAUACGGUUACUUCAUGGUGAACUCGGAGGGGAAGACGGUGGCCCAGCAGAGAGGAGUCUUCCGCAGUAACUGCAUGGACUGCCUGGACAGGACCAACGUCAUCCAGAGCCUGCUGGCCCGGCGCUCCUUACAGUCUCAGCUUCAGAGGAUGGGGGUUCUGAAUGUGGGUCAGCGGAUUGAAGAGCAGGCUGAGUUUGAAAAGAUCUACAAGAACGCAUGGGCUGACAAUGCCAAUGCAUGCGCUGUACAGUACGCAGGAACCGGAGCCUUGAAAACGGACUUCACAAGAACGGGGAAGAGGACCAGGUGGGGGCUGCUGAUGGAUGGCUGGAACUCAAUGAUCCGCUACUACAAAAAUAACUUCUCUGAUGGAUUCAGACAGGACUCCAUUGACCUGUUUCUGGGUAACUUUGCUGUCGAUGAGUCUGAUGGACCCACUCCUCUUCGUGUGCAGAAGGACUGGAAGUUCCUCACGCUGCCCAUUAUUAUGCUGGUGGCGUUUUCCAUGUGCAUCGUGUGUCUUCUCAUGGCUGGUGACACCUGGACGGAGACCCUGGCUUACGUGACGUUCUGGGGGGCUGCUAGUGCCAUCACAGCCACCAUCAUCCUGUUUAAUGGCCAAGACUUUGUGGACGCCCCCAAACUGGUUCACAAGGAGAAGCUGGACUGAGUGUGUGUGUGUGUGUGUGUUUGUGUGUGUGUGCGUGUGAGUUAGUGAGAGACGAGUAUCUGGGCCCGGCAGGUUCAUAUACCUGGUGAUCUUCAGCGUCUUCUCUCCCCCCCCUCCGGUCUGGACUCCGACUGAUCUGCUGCCUCCACACUGCCCUGCAGACUUUCUCACCCUUAACCAUUUUUUCUGCCAUUUGUCUGCAACAUAUUCUACAUGGUUUACAUUUAAUUCCCUACAUUCCUCACACGGUCUCUUUAGGUCUGUUUGUUAGUGUUAGGUAGUCAGUUCGACAGAGGGUCUGUGAUGGCACUUUAGUUCACUGUUUCAAACACUACGGCUCAUUUUCUCAUUCAUUUACCAUUCUAACAUUUUAAAUCUGUAAACAUAUUACAACAAGCUUUUUUCUUUUUAGCUUCUUGGCACACUUUAUAGUUAAAGCCCCCCCCCCCCCACCAAUUCCUCUGGCUGAUUAGAGCUCUGGCAGGUUCAGGUUUGGUGGAGCAAUGCUGGAGAUGAAACAAUGUCACAAAACCAACAGAAGAGUGAAGGAGAUGUCAAGUACAGUUUGUACAUGUACACAGUCUUUUUUUACCACUUGUGGGCAGCACAACAAGCUGAAAACAGUAACGUUGAUACGUUGACAAACGGUCAUUAACUUGUUGAUUUGGUGGACAGGUAGUGAACAGCGGGUUAUUAGAGCUUUGUCAGUGUGUAAAAGUAUUGAUUAGUGGAGAUUUAAAGAUAUUUAACAUAAUUAUAUUCAUCCCAAACAGAUUAUUCAUAUAAUAUCAAUAAUGUCAAUUAACCCGAACCAGUCCCUCAAAGAUGUGGCUCUUCAACAUGCCAUGUACAGGUAUGUAUGUAUGUAACUGAUGCAUAGAGCACAGUUUAUUGUAUGUACAUGUUGAGUUUUCGAAUGUAACAAGCCUUACACAUAGUGUGUGUGUGUGUGUGUGUGUGUGUGUGUGUGUGUGUGUGUGUG